AAGAGGAGGGAGCGCGCCUCAGAGUUCAACAGCUGCACAGAGUGAGGAGCAGGACUCGAACAAAUAUGAUUCACAUUCAAACAAUUCAAUAGGUGAGCUGUUUUUCCCCAGGCGUGUAUGUGUGAAAUGAAGAAGAAGCCAGAAGUCACACACUUCGCUCUGAACUCCUGAAUUGACUCGCUCGUAGUAUCAAGUGUCAUUAUUAAUCCGGAAAUUCUCACUUGGUCCCUAAUAACUCGGACAGUGUGUGCAGCGUCCCCCCCUUCAGAGCAAAAUGCCGACUCACUCUCUGUCACCGUUUGUGGAGAGCCCAGAUGGACUUGCCCAAGAUAUUCUUUAUAGUAACGCGAGCACCCCAGGGCCCGGCUCCAGCAUGACACCACACACCUCCUACUCAGAGAAGGCGGUGUUGCAAUCAGGAGGAAGUGUGCCACUAUCUUGUAUGUUCUGUGAUCACACGUUUACUCACCAGGACGAGUUAGGACCCCACGUUCUGACACAGCACCCCUCCACCUUCUCUGAGCCGGCUGUGCUCAGAGUGGAAGCAGAGUUCAGGCUCCCAGGAGAGAGACCCCGGUCCAAACUCAGCAGCAUCCCCGUGGAGGAGGAGGAGGAGGUUCGCAACUGCAUCGUGUGCGGACAGGUGUCGCAAGAUGCCAACGAGCUGGAGGCCCACAUGAGGAAGCACAAGGACUACUUCACUUACUGCUGCAACUUCUGUGGACGGAGGUUUAGAGAGCCGUGGUUUCUGAAGAACCACAUGAAGAUGCACGUGAAACCCGGAGCAAAGAGCAAGUCCCAGCAAGAUCUGGAGACCCCCGCCACGGUCAAUGGUAUCGUCCAAGACACUCCUCCAGAACCUGUGAGCACUGUUUACAAAAUGUGCAUGGUGUGUGGCUUUUUCUUCCCCGACCAUGACAGUUUGGCUGAGCACAGUAAGGUUCACAAUCGAGAGGUGGAGCCCGGCAAAGAUAAAGAGGAAAUGGAAGACACUACUGCCAAACAGGAAACAUUUCUUCACAGUCUAAACCUCAUGCCUCGCUCUUUAAGAAAAACAGAGAGAUCAUCCAAAUGGAUUCCCCAGCUGGAUCCAUUCAACACAUAUCAGGCCUGGCAACUCGCAACAAAGGGCAAGAUAGCAGUUGGCCCUAAUAAUAUUAAAGAUAUCGGCCAGGAAGCCAGCACAGACAAUGAGGAAUGCGGCUCAGAUAAGGAGGAGUUAAAUAAUAUUUGGUCUGAGGGACAAGGAGACAAACCCACCAAAGAAGGCCUUGGGAAGGAGCUCCGACCUCAGACUGUAGCAGAAAACCCAGCGCCGAAGCGGAGGUCUCUGAUGCAAAAAGACAAACACAAAGAAAGGCCAACCACUUGUGAGGAAUGUCAGAGGACUUUCAGGACCUACCACCAGCUGGUUCUCCACUCCCGGGUCCACAAGCGAGAGCGAGUGGGCGGAGACAGUCCCACUUCCUCUUUGGAAGGGAAGUUGUCGAGAGUAGGUUCAUUUGAUCACGCAGAAGAAGGUUGUGAGGAAGGAUUUGAGGAAGCAGCGUUGACAGAAAACCUGGGUCCAGGUGAGGAUGGUUUUGAGCGAUCAAAAGUCAGAUCAAAAGCGUGCAGUUAUUGUGGCAAAUCUUUCCGAUCCAGCUACUACCUCACGGUUCAUCUCAGGACUCACACAGGUGAAAAACCAUUCAAGUGUGCUUACUGCGACUACGCUGCGGCCCAGAAGACUUCACUGAAGUAUCACCUGGAUCGCCGCCACAAGGACAAACCCUUAGUGGACAUCCCCAGCAAACCCACGCCCUCUCCUAACGAUAAAAAACAUGGGAGUGAGGAAAGUCCCGCGCCAAAUAGAUCCAAACUCUGGGUUCCCGCAGCCAGAUCGUGCACCAACAGAACGCCAGAGGACAGAUUUGAAAGCAUAAGCAGCAAGAUCGGCAAACCCCUCGCCCAGAUUAAUGCAGAGUAUGAGGAGUUGACCGCUAAGUCUGCUUACUCCCCGACGGACAGUGCGCUCAUAAAGUGUCCCGUACCCGUGAACCUGAAGAUGGAAAUGGAGGAGAUACUAUACGAAAACUGCGAGGAGGCCCCGUUAAAUCUGUCCUUAAAAGUGUCUCUCUCCAUCCCCGCCGGCCCCAAAAAUGCAUCGAUAACAAUCUCCUGCUCGUUGUGUGCGUAUAAAACCAUGUACCCCGAGGUUCUGAUCAUGCACAAGAAGCUCACCCAUAGAGACAAGUCAGGCGGCGCGAAAAAGAACGGUUGUCUGAGAGUAAAACGUUUGACAGGCUGCCCCCCUGCGCUCGAAGGGAAAGACGUCAUCCCUCUUCCGAUGAUCGACCGGCGCCACCCUCGUCGAACCCAAUCCCCUCCCCCUCAACCUCCGAAACCACCUGAAAAGACCCCCGAACCCCCAAAGCUCUCUCCUAUCCGUGCACCCGUGCAGGAGGCUGUCCAGGAGACUCAGCGCAGCAUCGACGCACAUCAGGAAUAUUCCAGGUACACGGAGGUCAUGAUGAAACCAAACGCAGGCAGCAAGUUCACCAUGGAGCGCCCGGCCCCCCCGGAGAGGGUGGGCAUCGGGGGGAGGAGUUACCCGGUGAGGAGCGGAGUCAUCUGGCACUCGGAUGCUGCCCGGCUCUGCCUCUCCAGCCGGUUCGGAAACCUCCCUCAAAUGGAUUUUGGCGAACCUUCGGGCAAGAGAUUAAAAUACGGCGGGGUCCCUACAGGCAGGGAGGUGGACCCCGGGGACAUGCUGGGCUUCAGAGGAGCAACAGGGAACAGGAUGCUCAUCUCGGGGAGGAAGAGCACGCCGCAAAUGCCGGGUCCAUCCACAGCCUCCGAGAGCUCUCUGAAGACGUCCGCAGCUCUAGGAGGGAGUCUGGACGCUGAGUGGGGCAUGAUGAACCUCCUGCGCUCCUACUCCCCCAACGAGCUGGCCUCCCUCUACCACAGCACCGCAGGGAACCCCGGGCAACUGGCCAACCCCAGAGCAGGCGGCAGAACUGUGCUGUACCAACACUUACCCACAAUGCCCAGCCUCCAGAGGAGAGAUUCCUCGGGCCCUUUCCCCCACCAGCGCUACGGGACCACUGACAAAAGCACCUAAAGUGGCACCGAGGUAAAAAAGGUGGACAAAUAUUUUUUGAAGAAUAAACAACUAGAGCUUUCUUUUUUUCUGAUUUGCGAACCCUGACCAGAAUCGUUUUCCUGGUACUGAUAUAAAAGUCAUUGAACAUAUUGAAAAUAAAUUAGAUUUGAGCCAUGAUUUCUUGGAGAAAUUGUUCAAAUUAGGAUUUAAGAGAGAUGGUUUGUGCUCAUUAGGCUCUCCAAACGUAAUAUGAUUUUCAGAAGAGGGACAUUUGAUGCAUUGACAUUUCAUGGCUGAGGCUGUAUAUUUUCUUUUUGGAUAAAAAGUGCAGAUCAUCUCUCUUUGAAGAUCAACUGGUGUCCACGGUGAUAUUUGUUUCUAUUCAAAACUGUUGCUUAAUCCAAAUUUGACCCACACUAAAGUUCAGAUAUCUGUAAGUGUCAUAACAGUACACUUUGUGGGAUGACAUAAAUAUAUCUGUAAGCUUUCAGUAGAUACAAAUAUAUAAAGUAUGUAAUGUACAUUUUGUGUAGAAUUGCUGCUCUGUUCACUUACUGUUUAUGUACAGGCAGUAUCGUGGUGUUUCCCUUCUCCAAGGCACUGAAGGGUGGGGAUUCUCUGUUUAGUAACUCGAUGGCUCACACACAGGCCAGAGUACCAGGUCCUGUGUGUGUGAGUGGUCUACCUCAUGUUGUCACGCUGUUAUUUUUGUAAAGCUGCUGGAGCCAUCAUGUCAGCUGAGCCUCUGCUCCUAGUUAUCGAUCAGAGACGGAUGUUUUGGUUUGUAGUAUAACUAGACAGACUUGUAUAACUACAUGUGUUUGUCAGGUGUAUCUGUGUUUAGUAAGGCACCACAAAAAAAAGAAUACAGAACCAGUACUGCUGAGGCCACCUCUGGCGCACCAUUAACUGUAACACAGAACCGAUUGUUUGGUUAAUAUUUGUCCUUUUGAAAACAGCUUUCAUCUAUAGUGGUGCCUCAAAUCCUUACGCUGUAAAAUAUACCAAAUCUCACCAGUUCUGUUAUCAAAUGGCGAUGCUGUAUUAUUUUGGACAUUACAUGUUGUCACUGUUCAGGCAAUGAAAGUGUUAUUUAGUUUCAAGUUGCAGUCAUUCCUGGAUUGUGAUCUGGUGGUAGAUGCAUCACUAUAGUUUGGAGGAAUAUACAGAUGGUUGAUAAAUGGUUAGAUGAAAUACACACUGUGAACAUAUCGUCUCAGGUUAACUCAUUUACGAGCCGUUUAGACUUUUGUGUCAUUUCGUAUUUCUGCCACUUUGAAAGGCUUGGGUUAAGUUAUUUCUUUUGUUGUGUUUGGAAUUCACAUUACAUGUGUGCUUAUGUAAAAAAGAAAAUAUUGUUUGAGAUUUGUAUGACACAUUUCAAUAAUAAAGUGAGACGAAAAA